UUCUCUCUCCAACGAAAGUCAUUGCCACUCCCAUCUCAACGCGUUCCUCUCUCCCCCCACUAAAUAUCUACCCCUAAAACAGAAUCACGUCCUUUUGCAGACCUAAAUUUCCUCUUUCCGGAUUCUUGUCAAAACUUCCUCGAUCUUCUCCGCUCAAACCUCGUCGCCAUGGCCAACUCAGCAUCAGGAAUGGCAGUGCAUGAUGAUUGCAAACUGAAGUUUAUGGAGUUGAAAGCUAAACGGACGCACCGCUUCAUUGUAUUCAAGAUUGAGGAGAAGCAAAAACAGGUUAUUGUGGAAAAGCUUGGUGAACCAUCUCAAACUUAUGAUGACUUCACUGCAACAAAGAGCAGGAUUUUUUUCGUUGCGUGGUCCCCUGACACUGCAAGGGUGCGGAGCAAAAUGAUCUAUGCCAGCUCCAAGGACAGGUUCAAGAGGGAAUUAGAUGGCAUUCAGGUAGAGCUGCAAGCAACUGAUCCAACUGAGAUGGGUCUUGAUGUCUUCAAAAGUCGUGCCAAUUAAAUAUCUGGAGUCUCAGCAAAUUUCUAUGGUGGCAAAGUUGCUGGAUGCAUCAAUGUCCUCUCCCAGAUGGGCAAUUACCAUGAUAUGUAUUGAGGAUACCUUGAGUGUUUAUUUGCUUGCAGUCUUUUCUAUUUCUGAACUGUUGCAGAAUGUACCUAACACUGAAACUUUGGCGGUAUUGUUGAGCCCAUUGUAUGCUGUGCUGUAGGGCAUUCCUCUUACCUUCUCUGAAUUCCUUCUUUUGGUUCAGUUUCAUGACUGCAGAAUGACCAUUUGUUUAUUAGCUCUUUGAGUUCAUGCGAGGGAUAUUGCUACAGCAGUAAAUUUAGAA